AUGGACCGGCUGCGGGAUUCGCUGGUGUCUCCUGUCUCCUCAGGGCCAGCCCCACCAGCCGGGCGAGACGGAGACGAUGUGUCUUGCUAUUUCCUUCGGUUGAACGGCGAUCCUCCUCCUCCGGGGCUUCCUCCAGAGACGUCGAGCCUUCAGGUCGCGUGUAUCCUUACUGGUGUAGCUUGCUUCGCAGAGGUUCUCAGCCGACAGACCCGUUUCGGGGCUGCCCUGUCGAGUUCCCUAAUAAGCUUCCUAACUGCGGCCGCUGUCAGCAACGCGUUCCCUGAGCUCCUUCCAGCACACUCCCCAGUCUAUGACGCCGCAUGGAGCGUCCUUGUACCAGUUAUUCUUGUUCUUCUCAUCACGAGCGUCGUCUUGGAUACACCGGGCCCAGCUGUCGCCGCAUCAUCAACUCCCUACGAGGAUGCCUCCUCCAGUUGGGCAUCGAGCCAAAAGUGUCCUCACCAUUCCAGUGAGACAACACCUGCGUGUAAAGGCGCGGAUGCUCCCUGCAGUUCCACGUCAUCAGAUACAGGCAGCAACCAGCUCCUAGUGGGGGACUUCUCAUCCUUGUCCCUUUCUUCGAUCUCUGCGUCGUCUCCUUCACACUCUGUCUCGCAGUCCCCUCCCCUGUCUCCCAGCGAGCUGAGCCGCGAGAGUGCUUCCACGAACACAGAUGGAGCACGCUGUUUCCAGACUGUCGGCGUCGCCUUCACGCUUGGAGCCGCCGCGACGCUUCUGAGCGUCGCAGCCACAUACCACAUCGUCUUAAUUCUGAUCUCCUCAUACUCCUGGUGUCUCGGGGCAUUUCACUUGACUCGCCACGUUGCGGCGAUGUGCGCCGCCUGCACUGCCGCUACCUACAUUGGGGGAAGCAUCAACUUCUACGCGGUCGCCAAGGCGCUCGGGGUGCCUGGCCAUAUUUUAGGCGGCCUCAGCGCGGCAGAUCUCUUUUUGUCCGGCAUAUACACCGCUGUUCUCUCGGUAUUAGCGAGACACGUCGCUUUCCUACAACAUAUCUUUCCCGACCGCGGUCCUCGCCGACUGGAUGCGCGACCCACACACACUCGAAGUGCAUCCAACAAAGACCUGCCUGUGGAUGCGUCCGCUCCCCCUUUCGCGAUCGCGGAAGCUCAACCGUCUCCAGCGCUCCGCAUUGCCAGUAUUGCAUUCUGCGCAGCGUAUGCGACACUCGUCAAAUGGCUGGCCUACGGACUCGAGCUCUCGCUUUACAGAAUUACUUGUGUGCCCUUGCAAGGCGCAGACACCUUGGCAGUUUCUCUGGUGGCCUUUGCAUGCGCACGCAUUGUAGAAUCUAGCCUACGGCGGGAAAAAAAACAAAACGUGAAGAUGGCGGCGGUCUGGCGAGACUUCUGUGAGCAAGACGCAGAGCGUCGCAACCUCUUUGAGCUCAUAGAAGAGGCUGCGCGAUCAUUCGGCGCCGUGGCAAACGCCGCGCAAGCGCUUUUCUUCGCGGCAAUUGGGGCUGGUGCACGCCUAUCCGACGUCGCCACAAUUGGACCGGCAAUAUUUGGUUUCACCCUUGCCAGCCUUGUCGGGCACCUAUUUGCCCAUUUAAUUCUCUGCCACCUCUUCAACACUCUCGCGCGACAGAAGAACCCUUCGUAUGCAAUUCCGUUGGACGAUUGUUUGGUCGCCAGUGAAGCAAAUAUCGGCGGCCCUGGUACCGCCGCAACUCUUGCAGGUACAAUGCUACGGCGUCCAGAUCUGAUCAUGCCAGCGGUCGUUUGGGGCACUGUAGGCUACCUGGUAGCCACCAGCAUCGGCAUCGAGCUGUUCAGCUUUCUAACAGCAUCAUAA